UGGAAGAACCAACAGACACAAUCCACCCACCAUGAAGCUUCUGGUUGUGGCGUCAGUGCUUGUGGCAGCGGUCAGCGCCGCCCCGUCUGGAGGCUACGGCGCGCCCCCAGUGCACCCCAUCGCCUGCUCCCACGGCCAGGUGCUCAACUUGGAUGGCUCCUGCGUGACGCCCAAGGUGCACCGCCAGGUGUUUGUGUUCACUCCACCACACCGCCCGACCCCGCCCCGCCCCCUGCCUCCCCUCCCCAAGCCUGAGGUGAUCCAGAACAUCGUGUUCAUCCGCGUGCCCGAGCAGGAGGACGUGGAUGACAUCGUCAUCCCGCCGCCGCAACAGAAGAACGUGGUGUUCGUGCUGAACAAGAGGAAGCCAGACCAGGGCGCGCGCGUCAUCGAGGUGCCCUCGCCGCCGCCUAGCAGCCCUGAUGUGUUCUUCGUGAACUUCAAGGACGGUGAGAACCCAACACUGCCCGGCGGCAUCGAUCUGCACACUGCGCUGCAGAACGCGGAGCACGGCGGCGGCCACAUCAUUGGUGACUUCGAUGACCUGGGCGAGGGCCUGCACGGCAACCAGAACGAUGGCUUCAUCCACGACGGCGGCGUCAUCCUGGGAGGCGGCAGCGGCAGCGGCUUCAUCAGUGACGACACUGUGACCAUCGGCGGAGGCAGAGUGAUCCAGCCGUCUGGCCUAUACGGCGCGCCCUAGGCACCCCCGCCUCGCCACACCCGCGCCACGCUAGACUCGGACGUCCAGUGUUAUUUAUUAUGUUGGCUGCGCGCCUCUACUCACCCGCUCAUUACUGUUUGUUCUCUUAAUACAUCCUCCAUAUUUA